AGCAGUGUAUUUUCUCAUACAUCAAAUAGGCUGAAGAGCCCUCAUCUUCGUCGUCUCCGCAUUGAAGAAGAAAAAGAAAAAGCCAUGGCGGAAGUUACAGUGAUAAUCGUGGGGGCGGGGCCGUCGGGGCUAGCCGCCGCGGCGUGCCUAACAAUGUCCUCAAUUCCACACCUAAUCCUCGAAAGAGAAGACUGCUCCGCCGCGCUCUGGCGGAAAUACUCCUACGACCGCCUCCGCCUCCACCUCCCCAAGCGCUUCUGCCACCUCCCGGCCGCGCCGCUCCCCUCCGCCGCCCCCAAUUACGCCCCCAAGGCCGAUUUCCUCCGCUAUCUCGACGAUUACGCCGCCAAGUUCAGGAUCCGCCCUCUGUUUCGGCGAAAUGUGGAGGCCGCCGAGUUCGAUUCGGCCGCCGACAAGUGGAGGAUUAGGGCUUCGAACGGAGAGAUCGUCGAGGAGUACGCGGCGCGGUUCCUAGUGGUGGCGACGGGGGAGACGACGGAGCCCUACUCGCCGGCGGUGGACGGAUUGGCCGGGUACGGCGGCGAUGUGAUGCACUCGACGGAGUUUAAGUCCGGGAAGGGAUUUGAGGGGAAGAAUGUGCUGGUGGUUGGGGCCGGGAAUUCGGCCAUGGAAAUUGGUUCGGAUCUUGUUGAUCAUGGCGCCGUUACUUCGAUGCUCGUCCGAAGCCCGGUUCAUUUUAUGUCAAGAAGAAUGGUGCAAUUGGCAUUGGUUUUGUUGAAGUAUUUAUCAGUUGGGUGUGUGGAUUCAUUGAUGGUGAUGUUGAGCAAAUUAGUGUAUGGAGACCUCACCAAAUAUGGAAUCUCCACACCAUCAGAAGGACCGAUGGCCAUGAAACUCAAGUAUGGCAAGUAUCCAGUCAUUGAUGGAGGAGGAGCCUUUCACAAAAUUCAAUCUCGACAAAUUCAGGUGUUGCCGACAGAAAUCUCAAGCAUAAAAGGCAAUAAUGUACUGUUCAAAAACGGCAAAUCUUACCCAUUUGACUCCAUCAUAUUCUGCACUGGCUUCAAAAGGUCAACACAUCUAUGGCUGAAGGGGGAUGACUAUCUUCUGAAUGAGGAUGGACUACCGAAACCGAACUACCCUAAUCACUGGAAAGGAAAGAAUGGCUUGUAUUGUGUAGGGUUAUCAAGAGGAGGACUAUAUGGAGCUAAUUUUGAUGCUCAAAACAUUGCUAAAGAUAUAUCAGCUCAAAUCCAUUGGCGCGGGUAGAAGAAAUAAAGAAUGAUGUAUUUUUCAAUGGAAAAUACUUGCGUACACACCCCUAAAUUGGUUAGCAGGAAAGCUUCUAUUAAUUUCUAAA